GGAGCGUCGAGGCGACGGCGGCGGCCGAACCGCGCUGCGCACGGGAUCGGGCUUCGCAACUUGCUCCGGGCUCGCCAGUCGCGGGAGCACCACGGUGCAAUCCAUUGGACACGUGACCAUCAGUAAUCAUGAGCAACCCAUUCAUACACAUUGCUGAGCCAUUGGAUCCUGCACAACCAGGAAAGAAGUUCUUCAAUUUGAAUAAAUUGAAGGAUUCAAGAUAUGGACGCUUACCAUUUUCUAUCAGAGUUCUCCUGGAAGCAGCUAUUCGGAACUGUGAUGAGUUUUUGGUGAAGAAAAAUGACAUUGAAAAUAUCCUAAAUUGGAAUGUCAUGCAGCAUAAAAACAUAGAAGUGCCAUUUAAGCCAGCCCGUGUCAUCCUGCAGGACUUUACGGGUGUACCAGCUGUGGUUGACUUUGCUGCAAUGCGUAAUGCUGUGAAAAAGUUAGGAGGAGAUCCAGAGAAAAUAAACCCCAUCUGUCCUGCUGAUCUUGUAAUUGAUCAUUCCAUCCAGGUUGAUUUCAACAGAAGGACAGACAGUUUACAGAAGAAUCAAGACCUGGAAUUUGAAAGAAAUAGAGAACGGUUUGAAUUUUUAAAGUGGGGUUCUCAGGCUUUUCGCAACAUGCGGAUUAUCCCCCCUGGCUCAGGAAUCAUCCACCAGGUGAAUUUGGAGUACUUGGCAAGAGUGGUGUUUGAUCAGGAUGGAUAUUAUUACCCAGACAGCCUCGUGGGCACAGAUUCACACACUACCAUGAUCGAUGGCCUGGGCAUUCUCGGUUGGGGUGUGGGUGGUAUCGAAGCUGAAGCUGUCAUGCUGGGUCAGCCAAUCAGCAUGGUGCUUCCCCAGGUGAUUGGCUACAAGCUGAUGGGCAGUCCCCACCCGCUGGUAACAUCCACUGACAUCGUGCUCACCAUUACCAAGCACCUCCGCCAGGUUGGGGUAGUGGGCAAAUUUGUCGAGUUCUUUGGACCAGGAGUAGCCCAGUUGUCCAUCGCUGACCGAGCUACAAUUGCCAAUAUGUGUCCAGAGUAUGGAGCAACUGCUGCCUUUUUCCCAGUUGACAAAGUUAGUAUCAAGUACCUCGUGCAGACAGGUCGUGAUGAAGCAAAAAUAAAGCAUAUUAAAAAGUAUCUUCAGGCUGUAGGAAUGUUCCGAGAUUUCAGUGACUCCUCUCAGGACCCAGACUUCGCCCAGGUUGUGGAAUUAGAUUUGAAAACAGUAGUGCCUUGCUGCAGUGGACCCAAAAGGCCUCAGGAUAAAGUCGCAGUGUCUGACAUGAAAAAGGAUUUUGAGAGUUGCCUUGGAGCCAAGCAAGGGUUUAAAGGUUUCCAGAUAGCUCCGGACCAUCAUAACGACCACAAGACAUUUAUCUAUGAUAAUAGUGAAUUCACACUUGCCCACGGUUCUGUGGUAAUCGCUGCCAUUACAAGCUGCACAAACACCAGUAACCCCUCUGUGAUGUUAGGAGCAGGGUUGUUAGCAAAGAAAGCUGUGGACGCUGGCCUGAGCGUGAAACCUUACGUCAAAACUAGCCUGUCCCCUGGAAGUGGUGUGGUCACCUACUAUCUGCGAGAAAGUGGAGUCAUGCCUUAUCUGUCUCAGCUGGGGUUCGAUGUGGUGGGCUACGGCUGCAUGACCUGCAUUGGCAACAGUGGGCCUUUACCGGAACCUGUGGUAGAAGCCAUCACACAGGGAGACCUUGUAGCUGUUGGGGUGCUAUCAGGGAAUAGGAAUUUUGAAGGCCGAGUCCAUCCCAACACCCGAGCCAACUACUUAGCCUCCCCACCCUUAGUAAUAGCAUAUGCAAUUGCUGGGACCAUCAGGAUCGACUUUGAGAAAGAGCCAUUGGGGGUAAAUGCAAAGGGACAGCAGGUGUUUCUGAAAGACAUCUGGCCAAGCAGAGAUGAGAUCCAGGCAGUGGAGCGUCAGUAUGUCAUCCCUGGCAUGUUUAAGGAGGUCUAUCAGAAGAUAGAGACCGUGAAUGAAAGCUGGAAUGCCUUAACAGUCUCAUCGGAAAAGCUGUAUUGCUGGAAUCCCAAAUCCACAUACAUUAAAUCACCACCAUUCUUUGAAAACCUGACUUUGGAUCUUCAGUCCCCUAAAUCUGUAGUGGACGCCUAUGUGCUAUUAAAUUUGGGAGAUUCAGUAACAACUGACCACAUCUCUCCAGCUGGAAAUAUUGCAAGAAACAGCCCUGCUGCUCGCUACUUAACUAACAGAGGCCUGACUCCACGAGAGUUCAACUCCUACGGCUCCCGCCGAGGUAAUGACGCCAUCAUGGUGCGGGGGACAUUUGCCAACAUUCGCUUGUUAAACAAAUUUUUGAACAAGCAGGCACCACAGACUAUACAUCUGCCUUCUGGAGAAAUUCUUGAUGUGUUUGAUGCUGCUGAGCGAUACCAGCAGGCCGGGCUUCCCCUGAUCAUUCUGGCUGGCAAAGAGUAUGGCUCCGGAAGCUCCCGAGACUGGGCAGCCAAGGGCCCCUUCCUUUUGGGAAUCAAAGCUGUCCUGGCAGAGAGUUAUGAACGCAUUCAUCGCAGUAACCUGGUUGGGAUGGGGGUGAUCCCCCUUGAAUACCUGCCUGGGGAGAAUGCAAAUACCCUGGGACUCACGGGGCUGGAGCGAUACACUAUCAUCAUUCCAGAAGACCUGAAACCACGAAUGAAAGUCCAGGUGAAGCUGGACACCGGGAAGACCUUCCAGACUGUCAUGAGGUUUGACACAGAUGUGGAACUCACUUAUUUCCACAAUGGGGGCAUCCUCAACUACAUGAUCCGCAAGAUGGCCAAACAGGCCCUCGUUGCCUAGAAACCUGCACUCCGUGCUGCACCGUGGAGGAAGCAGUGGCCCAGCCAGCUGAGCCCCUGCAGGAGAAGCCCCCUCACUGCCUCUGAGGAGGGUGCUGACUUGCAGACAGAACGAACACAGGGGUUUUGUUGCCGUUCCUCCAGGCACAAAAUCAAGAAGUUUCUGCAUUCUCUGUUUGUUAAUCUUCUUAUCUUUUUCUAGAAUUUGGGGACUAGAAUGGUGGGAAUGCCUGUAGUAGCAGAAAUAGAGAAGUGAGUGUGUCUUUAAAGUUCCUGAUCACGGGAUGUUGAUUUCUCACUCUUGGCCUUUAGUGUCCAGUUGAAUGCAAACCAGCCUUCUCAGAAGGCUUUUUUCUACCCUUAUUGUUAUUCUCUGUUCUCCUCUGCUCAGUGAAACCUUUGCCUUGGAAGGUCAUUUUUCUUUGCAUAUUACACCAGUGUUAACUGACAUGGGUAGAUGAGAACCCUUUCACACUUCAAAUCAUCAUAGUGAUUCUGAUUUUCUACCCUUCUCCACCUUCCCUCCAACUGAAUGAUCUGAACACCUCAUGGACUGGUCAUACAUUGAAAUUUUUUCAUCAUGUACCUUUUGAUAGAUCAACAUGGGAAGAAAUGUGAAAUUUUCUUUUACUCUCUUCAAAAACUUUCCUCAGAAGAUUUUUCAUUUGUCAAGAGGAGACCUUUGGAGGUGGGUUGGGAGGGAGACACAGAACAUUUCUAAUUUGAAUAAGAUUAAAUCUAUUUUCAACGAAAA